AUGUCGGAGUAUAUCCGGGUAACGGAAGAUGAGAACGACGAGCCCAUUGAAAUCCCCUCGGAAGACGAUGGGACGGUGCUGCUGUCCACCGUCACGGCCCAGUUUCCGGGGGCGUGCGGGCUGCGCUACCGCAACCCCGUGUCCCAGUGCAUGCGGGGCGUGCGGCUGGUGGAAGGGAUUCUGCAUGCCCCGGACGCUGGCUGGGGAAACCUGGUGUAUGUUGUCAACUACCCCAAAGAUAACAAAAGGAAAAUGGACGAAACAGAUGCUUCGUCAGCAGUGAAAGUGAAAAGAGCCGUCCAGAAGACAUCUGACUUGAUAGUGCUGGGUCUGCCGUGGAAAACCACGGAGCAGGACCUGAAAGAAUACUUCAGUACCUUCGGAGAAGUGCUCAUGGUGCAGGUCAAGAAAGAUAUUAAAACUGGUCAUUCAAAGGGGUUUGGGUUUGUUCGAUUUACGGAAUAUGAAACCCAGGUGAAAGUAAUGUCACAGAGACAUAUGAUAGACGGACGAUGGUGUGACUGUAAACUUCCUAAUUCUAAGCAAAGCCCAGACGAGCCCCUGAGAAGCAGGAAGGUGUUCGUUGGGCGCUGUACGGAGGACAUGACGGCUGACGAGCUGCGGCAGUUCUUCUGCCAGUACGGAGAGGUGGUGGACGUCUUCAUCCCCAAGCCGUUCAGGGCUUUUGCCUUUGUCACAUUUGCAGAUGACCAGGUGGCCCAGUCUCUUUGUGGCGAGGACUUGAUCAUUAAAGGAAUCAGCGUACAUAUAUCCAAUGCUGAGCCUAAGCACAAUAGCAAUAGGCAGUUAGAGAGGAGCGGAAGGUUCGGUGGGAACCCAGGUGGCUUUGGGAAUCAGGGUGGCUUCGGGAACAGCAGGGGGGGCGGAGCUGGCUUGGGAAAUAACCAGGGUAGCAACAUGGGUGGAGGGAUGAACUUCGGCGCUUUCAGCAUCAAUCCAGCCAUGAUGGCUGCAGCCCAGGCAGCCCUGCAGAGCAGCUGGGGGAUGAUGGGCAUGCUAGCCAGUCAGCAGAACCAGUCAGGCCCAUCAGGUAACAACCAAAGCCAGGGCAACAUGCAGAGAGAGCCGAAUCAGGCCUUCGGGUCUGGAAAUAACUCCUACAGUGGUUCCAAUUCAGGGGCGGCGAUUGGCUGGGGGUCAGCUUCCAAUGCAGGGUCAGGCAGUGGUUUUAACGGAGGCUUUGGCUCAAGCAUGGAUUCCAAACCUUCCAGCUGGGGAAUGUAG